AUGGUUGCUAAUCGUGAACCUCAUUCACUUUCUCCACUCAUUAAAAAUGAGAGUUUGGGAAUACUGCAAAAGAAGCUAUUUCCCGAAAAAGAAUGGCCUCCUGCAUUACUGGAACCUCGGAUGCAAAUUGCAGAAUUUUGUAACGGAUUACCACUUAUGAUUGUCACUGUAGCUGGUCUUUUAGCAGCCAAGGAACGAGGAACCUGGAAGGAAAUUAUGAAUGGUUUAGGUUCAGGCACUGUAUCUAGUACGGAACAAUUCAUGGCAACCAUGGAGUUCGGUUACAAACAUCUACCCGAUCACUUGAAAGCUGAAACCCUGCUUUCUAUAGUUUGUGGCAUUUAUGAAAGAUCAAUAGGUUUCUGUGAGAAAGUUGAGUUUGGUUUCUGUUUGCCUGGAAGUCUCAGAAGACUGACCCUGUCAAGGUUUGGGUUGCCCUGGAGGAAAAUUUCAACCAUUGGUAAACUUCCCAAUCUUGAAGUUCUCAAAUUACAAGAUUCCUGCCUUUCAGGAGAUACAUUGGACCUGAAAGAUGUGGAAUUCCCAGAACUGCGAUUCUUGAAAUUGUCCAGGUUGGACAUUAAAUGCUGGACAGCUCCUGAUGAUCAACAUGCAAGCUUGCAGAAGUUGGUGUUGGAUAAUUUCAGCAAUCUGGAAGAGAUUCCUUCUUGUUUGGAGUACGGGCCGAACUUCAGAUGA